CACAAGCCGGGCGGUUCGUCACAUCAUCAAGGAUUAAAUAAACAUUUGCAAUCAUCAAGUACAAAUCUUCAUCUAGACCAGCCGCUUUUCUCUGAUUGGCUUUUCCAGUUCAGCUAUUUCACAAGUCUGUGAGACAGAAGGGGGGGUGGUCGACUCUGAUUGGUUACCCGUCAUCUUUACAUGUUGAGGUUCGCCAACAGCUCCGGUCAUUUCAUUCGGUGAACUCGGUGUCGGUGGAUUCAAAUUUUGUGUUGUGACGUGAAAAUCAAAAAAUCUGUACGGUUAGAAGGAAGAAAAUGUGACUCGAGCCUAAAAUUUCGACAGCAACUUUCACCAAAACUACUAGCCCUACAGACACCUACAGGUCGUGUGUGACUCACCGUGAAUCACGAAAGUGUCGCAAUCUCUUUUUCAAACAAACAAAUUUCCCACACGACCACACAGCCAAUCAAGGUGAAUAUUUCAAAUUCGAGAUAUACCCAAGGCGUUUUCUUCAUGAGUGUCGGUACCUGCUUCAAUUUCCCGGUGGGUUUCACGAUGGAUCGCCAAAAUCAUCAGCCGUCGGCGGCUGGUGGCGGUUUUUACUCGGUCCAAGAGUCACCCAGUUCUAUUCUAUGGGACCUGGACAGCUCUUCGCUGAUUGUCCCGCCACUAGUUCCAGCCUAUUUCCAUCCGUCGGCGGAAUUCCGCCCGCAUCAGACGUCGGGCGUCGAUACGAUGCGUCGUGAGAUCUCAGAAGAGAGCGGCUAUCAAACGGCCUUUGACGAAGGGUCCUCGUCGUGGGCGUCCGAUUGGCCAACCAAUGAAGACCAGACAACGGAAUUCCAGCAGCAUCAAGGUUGGUCCUCCACGGAGGACUUCCUGGCUCAAGAUAGUCAACUCACUAGCGACGAAAUGAGUUGGUUUCAACAGCAGCAGCAGCCCAAUUGGGGAUUCCCUGACGUUUUCACGGCCGCCACACCCACCACCAAUCCAAUUCAAUCGGAAAAUUACAUCAACAACCCGAAUCAUCCAACGUCAUCAAUGGCCGGAAGAAGUGAAAGUACUUCUUCAGAAGAGACACUCAACGACGUCUCUGUCCCAUCAGACCCGAGUACGUGGAACCAAGAACAGGUGGUUACCUGGCUGAGAUGGUCGCAAAAGAAAUUGAAGAUUGGGCCAGAAUCGACUGACCCGGCCAAAUUUCCUACCAAUGGCCAACAUCUCUGCUCGUGGACUGUAGACAAUUUUGUCCAAGUUGCCGGAUCAGAAGCUGGACCCCUUUUGGCCGCCGCCCUUUUCUGGCUGAAACGACCACAUCUACAAUCGACUCAUGGAGAGGGUGCAGAGGUCCUGGAGACGAUCCGGGUUCAAUCGCAACCAGUUCAGGAGACUCAACAGUCGGGUGUCAUGUCAUUCUCGCAUCCAUCGAAUGAAUCACCGCUCACGGCCGGUACUUCAAGUGUUAACGCAUCGCCGUCGGGUGGUUCGCAUCCGUCUUGGUGGAUUCAGGAUUUCCUCCACACUACCUUGGGAAUUGCCCGCAGGAAAAAAGGGUCGCCAGAUUCGCCCGAUUUUAAUAAAGAAGGCGGUAAAUCGACUCAAGAUCCGGAUCCGGCUUCUACAUCAGGCCAAAUUCAGUUGUGGCAGUUCCUGCUCGAGUUGCUGGCCGAUCCGCAAUCAAACGCUGCCUGGAUCGCAUGGGAGGGAAGCCAAGGUGAAUUCAAGUUACUCGAUCCUGAUGAAGUUGCACGCCAAUGGGGAAAUCGCAAAGCUAAACCCAACAUGAACUACGACAAGCUCAGUCGGGCCCUAAGAUACUAUUACGAUAAGAACAUAAUGAGCAAAGUUGCUGGAAAGCGUUACACGUACAAAUUCGAUUUCAAUGGAUUGAUGCAAGCUUGCCAACAGCUGACGACGGUGACUAGUGCAGAGACAUUGGCCAUGUCUUCAUCGACGAGUUUGCAUUUGGCCUACAUCCAUCGCGGAGGUCAAGUGCCUCCUUUAAUGCCGAGCAGCAGCAGCCCCAUGGUCCAGGAUGGAGAGACGACAGCUCAUUCAUCUCAUUAUCGGUCCCCACCACCGUAUUGGUUUGCCAACUCUUCGGCCGCUUCACCAUCACGUUGGAACGCUCAGUCUGACGUGGUUCUGCAAUCAUCACCGCAAAUGAUCUCGGCGGCCAGUUCACCUUCAUCGUCUGUCACAUCGCAGUGUUCGAUUCUGUAUCACAACAAGUAG